UGUAGGCAUUUAACGAAGGAGGACGGUCGUUUGGUGAGGAGAAUGAACACGUGAGAUCGGAAAAGGAGAGAGAGAGGUAGAGAGAGAGAGAGAGAGAGAGAGAUAGAUAGAUAGAUAAGAGCAAAUAAAAGUGGGUGAGAGGAAGAAGAGAAGAUAGAAGAAGGGGCGGAAGGAGGAAGCGAAGGUAGUUUGAGCGUCUAUCACGUAUGUUCGUAUCACCAUUCUACGUACCGGCGACGAAACGAAGAAGAAAAUUAGUAUUCCGUUUGGUGAAAAUCUUAAGGACGUCGAAAGAUCGCGAAGAGCAACGUACAACGGUUGAUUAUUUUCGUAAUAUCGAUCGAGAAACUUUUCACCUUUGCAUGCAUUCCGAAUACCCUUUCUCUUCGUUUUCUUUCUAUAAUCAGUAGUUCCGUUGACCGAUUCGACCGAUUCUAUUUGUCAUUGGAGUUCCUCUUAACGUGUUUCGAUUGGAUUGAAAAAAAUAAAAGAUUUCAACGAAUUCCUGGGAAAAAGGAAAAGGAGAAGGGGAGAGAGAGAGGAGGAGGAGGAGGAGGAAGAGAAAAACGCUUUAGUGGGAUCGAUAGAUCGAGCGUAGGGGCUACAACACUGUGACUCGCGAUCGUGGGUGUGGGUGUUGGGUGCGAGUGUGCUUUCCCAGCCGCGUGUGCUGCUUAGGUGCGUGCGUGAGUGCGUGCGUGUGUGUGUGCGUGAAGAGAAGAGGAGGCGACGCGUGAAGACGAGGACGACAACAACAACGAAGACGAGGACGACGGCGGCGACGGCAGCGGCAGCGGCGGCAACGACGACGACGGCGGCGGCGGCGGCGGCGGCGGCGACGACAACGAGGAGGACAACCACGACGACGAUCAAGACGACUACUACUACUAUUAAAGGAGCCGACGGGAUGGAAGGUAGUUCUCAGCCACCGCCGUCGUCAUCGGAUAUAAUGAUGGGAAAGGAGAACGAGGAAGAAUCAAAGAUAUGUAGAAACGUCGAAAAGUCUGCUGCUGCCGCCGCCGCCGCCGCCGCCGCUGCUGCUGCAGCUGCCGCCUUGGUGGUGACCUCCUCUUCUGUCUCGUCCUCCUUCUCGUCCUCCACCUCGUCCUCCACCUCUUCUUCCUCUUCCGUCUCGUCUUCGUCACUAUCCUCCGCCUCUUCUACCUUCUCCUCGUCUUCGUCUUCUUGCUUCUCCUCCUCUUCCUCCUCCUCCUCUUCCUCCUCCUCAUCCUCCUCUUCCAUAUCCUACUGGUCAAAUUCACCUGAUGCAACGUUACCGAACGAACCGGACUAUCGUGGCCGGGCUUCAAAUCUAAGAUCUAAUUCUUCUUCCCCGAUCCCAAUCACAUCUCCGUCCCCGCCAGGGUGUGGCUGCGUCGCGGCCGCAGCCGUCGAACCCGACGAGAUCACGAUCAGCAUCACCCCGACAACUGGUGGACAAUUUGAUCUUACGGUCGAUCGUUCCGAAACUAUCGAAAAUCUUAAGAAGAUCAUUUCAAAGAGACUCAAGGUCGCUAAAGAACGCAUCUGUUUGUUGCACCUCGAGAGACAGCUACGCGAUGGAACUCUUGAGGAAAAUCGUUUGCAAGAUGGAAGUAGACUCACAUUAUUGCCAAGUGUGGAAACAGGAUUAUUGGCACAACGCCCAGAGCAAAGCGUAAUGCAAGCAUUGGAGAGUUUAAAUGACUCGCAGGUGAACGACUUCUUGUCUGGAAAGGCACCUCUAAAUCUGACGAUGCGGUUGGGCGAUCACAUGAUGCUGAUUCAACUGCAGUUAUCGACGGUGAGAGUGCCUUUACCAGGUAGCAAUCAAACGAACGGCAGCGGUACUACUAGCUUGACCGUCGGCGGAAACAACGGCGGUGGAAACGGACCGAAUCUUUCGACGAAUCACGUUUCGCCCUCACUUCAAAGUAGGCGAUCAACGGUGUUGGCGGCACGUUCUACAGCGAGUUCUACGGCGAAACUUCAACGAGGAAGCGCAGCAGCCCGUACGUCCUCCCUCGUAAGCCGUUUGGCAUCGGCUUUACAUGCUGCGGCGAGCUGCAGCACAAGUUUAUCGACAGCGACCAAAACGACAAGUUCAGUCUGUUCCAGUCGCGCUACCACUGCGUUUUCGGCUACCAACUGUUCGAGUAUGUGCCAGUCUCGACUUCUCUAUCAUCAUCAUCGUUACCACAAUCAUCAUCAUCAUCAUCACCACCACCAUCACCGCCAUCAUUCGAGGUAUAAGCCAACUUGUACCUCGUCCUGUACUUCUCCCUCCCCUUCAACAUCCUCUCCCUCUUCUUUUCCUUUUUCCUCUUCUUCUUCUACCUCCUCCUCCUCCUCCUCUCUACCAUCAUCUCUCGCCUCACCCUCAUCUCUCUCCUCACCCUCCGGCACCAUCUCCUCUUCUUCAACCACCUGCUCCACUACUACUGCCGCCGCCGCCGCCGCCGCAGCCGCAGCCGCAGCCGCUGCUGCUGCCGCUGCCACUAAUGCUGCCACUGCCGCCGCCACUGCUGCAGCCGCCGCCGCUGCUGCUGCUGCUGCUACUGCUGCCGCUGUUGCUACCACUACUACUACUACUACCUCAUCCUCGACCAUUUCCAUCGACCAUUUGCAACAAUCUACCUCCAUCAAUUACACUUGCUCUGAGUCAACCUCCUCGUCGUACGACUCUACGACGCCAGCGAGCAAAAAGCUUUGCACCGCUCAUCACGUGCAUCAAUCGACGCUCGAAACAUCGAAGAGAAACGGAGAGGAUGGCACGGAUAUCACGACGCAGACUUCUCCUCUACCCUCCCUCAUGGACAAAAGUGCCAAGCUCGCCCUAGACACCCGAGCGUUAGCCGAGGCAUCCCGUAAUUUGACGCAGAAACUGAAGCAGCUCUCCUCUGAGGUAUUCACCUCGCGGGUCGACCUCGCAGAGGAAAAUGCGAGACACAGGCAAGGAGCGAUGAUAGAAAGUAUGCAUCAUCAUGGGAAGGGAGUAUAUUCUGGAACCUUCAGUGGGACCAUCAAUCCAGCGCUUCAGGAUCGACAUGGUCGUCCCAAAAGAGAUAUUAGUACUAUUAUUCAUAUUUUAAAUGAUUUGUUAUGCGCUACACCUGCCGCUACAGCAGGGCAUUAUAGGCAUCAUCAUAGGCAUUCGAAUAGCCGUCAACAAUGUCCUUCUUCAUCUAAUGGAGCACCAACUUCAGGAACUGGAACUUCUGUUGGUGUAGGCUGUCAUGAUUCAAACACAUCAGGACAUUCUUUGGAAGAAUUAUCGAAAGAAAACGAAGCUACUAAGGGAAAAAUGCGGCGUUUGCGUUUAGUCAUGGAACAACGUCGUACUAAAAGAAAAGCUAGACGGGAAGCACGUGCAGCACCGCAUGCUCCACAGUGGGCUGCUAUGACACCCGAUCCUAUUUCAAAUCAUGAUGCAAGUGCUGCAACAGCAUCUGCUUCGAGCAACUCCAAUACGGCUGAAUCGCAAAACGAACCGGAACUUCAACCGUGUAGUCCCGAACCAGUUGUUGCUUGAAUUUAUUAUUAUUAUUAUUAUUAUUAUUAUUCUUUUUAUUAUUAUUAUUAAUUAUUAUUAUUAUUAAUUAUUAUUAUUAUUAUUCAAAUUCAUCCUAUAAUAUUAGUACUUUUGGUUAAAUGAGUAUAACGAGCCUCGUUGGAUAUAUCACACUGAUUUAUUACUGUAGGUGUUGGAGCCCUGAUUGAUUGUUAAUUUGAAGCGUCAUGUACAUAUGUAUCUAUUAAGUUUUGCAAACGAGUUAACUCGUUAUUUCUAAAAUACGAUUUUUAUAAAUAACGAGUGACAUUAUUGGAUAUUGUUACGUAGCUCGCGGAUUUAAAUGAUUAUCUAUGUUUUUUUACACUUUUUAUAUAAGAUCGAGAUAACACAUCACGAUUGAUGUAUUUGCACUUUGCUAUUGUUACGUUAGUUUCAAGGCGAAUGCACAAACAGUCAAAUCGUUCGAUCUUUUGUUUCUUUUUUUCUUUUUUCUCUUUCUUUCUUUCUUUCUUUCUUUCUUUUUUAGAAAUUUAAUAUGUUUAUUAUUAUUAAAUUGUAACGAGAGAGAAAAUUGGGAGUACUCAGGACUCGACUGUAGUUGACAAUAAUUGUAUCUUGCUGAUAAGUCAGUGUGAGACCAGUAUACACUCGAUCAUGUCAAUAACACGAGAACGAUCGAUUUAUAAAAAAAGAAAUGUUGUAAGAUUUUAUUGAAAAUGGGAUGGUAUUUCAGCUAGAAUGUUGUCGCCGGUAGAGAGACUAAAUACUUCUUGGAUAAUGAAAAAAAAAAAGAAAACUAUAUUCGCACCAUUUUAAUCGUUAUUAUCAGAGUUACUACUCCAUGAUGUGUACGCGUAUGAUUAUACUUUUACUAUUGGCGUAUAGAGAAGUUUUGUAUGACGGAAGAAUGAAAUUUCCUACGUAGGUAUAAACAAUAUACGCGCUGAGAGUAACUGUUUCAAAAGCAAUAUAUCGUCAAGACUUCGUUGAAAAUAGAAAUCUUGCAAAACGAAAGACACUCGUUAUAGCGUGACUUUUUAUUAUGUAUAUUUCAAUUCAAAGAAACAACUUCAAAAGCCAAUUUGUAUUUUCAGAAGACAUUUACAAAUUGUUUCUAUCUUUAAUCGCAAUAAUUUGUAAGUAGGAUAUAUAAGCACUAUUUUAACGUCACUUUCGUUUAUUCUUUCAAAUAUGUUUUAUUUAAUUAGAAAAAUCAUAUCAGCUAAUUAUAAUAUUACAUACGAAUGAUUAAUUUAAAUAUUUACAGAAACAUCAAUAAUAUAACUAUUUCAUAUAAUCCGAAGAGAAAGAGAGAGAGAGAGAGAGAGAGAGAGAGAGAGAGAGAGAGAGAGAGGGAGGGAGGGAGGGAGAGAGAGGGAGAGAGACAGACAGUCCAAUCGAGCACUUAAAAUGGCAUUAAAUUACUGUGCAUAUGUGGUGGGUGGUUAGAUCGAGCCAUUUCUCUAUAACACCGAGUCACGCGCGUUAUUACUCUUUCUAAGGAUCAUUCGUGCAUUGUAUUAUUCAAUGUAUAAUUGAAAUAAUACGUGAUCCUAUAGUUACAAUAAGAUGAUCCUAAAUGCAUGGUCCUAAUGCUACUUUGUUUAAUUUGUUUACGUUUGUUAGGUACUAAAUAGUAUAUCAUCUACUGAUAGUAUAUUGUGUUAGAUUACUUAGGGAAAAAAAAGAAAAGUUAUAUUAUAAUUAUUACUAUUAUAUUAUCAUUAUUAUUACUACUACUAUUACAGUUUUACACAAACUGGCUCAAUACUGUAACAUAAAAUUAUUCAACUUUAUCGAGUACCAAAAUAAACGAAAUUGCUUGAUAAGUUAAAAUAAUGUUUAACUAUCAUGCCUUCUUAAAUUUCUAUCUCGAUCGUAUCUAAUAUUUCCUAAUGAUUUAAAUUGUUUAAUAAUUUUGUUUUAUUUUACUAAUUCAGUGAUUACCAUGUUCGAAAUAUAUACUAUUUAAAAUGUUCAAAAACUUUAACAAAAUAUUUAAAAUGAAAGAGACCGUUGUAAAUGCUAUGUCGAUAAUAUAGAAAUUUAUAUUUUGAUUUUAACAUUUGAAAUUAAAUAAUUUUUUUUUGAAGAUAUCAGAUUAUUUAUUUUAACAAAUUAAUUAUGAUUUUUUUCUUUUCUUUAUAAUUUUAUUUAGUAAACAACUGAAUUUAAUCAUGUCAUACUAUAUUGAUCUUUAGUACCUCCUAUCGAGUAUUAUGAGAACUAAAUGAUUCCUUACCAAAUAACACGCAUGUAUUUAUAAAAAUAAUUGAAAAAAUAUAUUAAAAUACUUCACACACA